AAGCCACUGCACCCGCUUGUUCCCACAGCCUCUAUGGCCCUUUCUUCAUCCUAUUCAUCUCCAUUCCUUCUCCUCCUCCUCUUUGCCACUGCUGCCAUCGCAAGCAGCGAUGACGGCGGGGAGAAGAUGACUCACCUGCACUACUACUUGCACGCGAACUACGGCGGCCCCAACACGACCACCAUCACCGUGGUCAGCCCUCCGGGCAACGACUCCGGCAGCAGCUUCGGGAGCAUCGCGGUGGGCGACCACAUGCUGAAGGAAGGGCUCGACCCGAGCUCGACGCUCAUCGGCAAGGCGGAGGAGCUCGCGGUGCAGGCAUCGCUGGGGAGCCCGGCGUACCUGUCGGCCUUCAACUUCGUGUUCACCGCGGGCGACUACAACGGGAGUAGCAUCUCGAUUCUUGGGAGGGCUGCUCCCAGCGACGCGGCGAUCGAGCGGGGCGUGGUCGGAGGCUCCGGCAUGUUUCGGAUGGCACGGGGCUACACCAUUAGCAGGGUCGUCAAGAGCACUGGACCUGAUGAUUUCUUGUUCGUGGUGGAGUUCGAUGCGUAUGUCUUCCACUACUGAGCUGCACUGCUCUGCGCUGCGUUUGUGCGGCUGCCAUGACAAUAAAACUUGCUUGUGCUUUGCUCUAA